UGGGGGCGCGUGGCUCCUCUCACUCUCACGGCAGGACAACCCAAGGGCAUCAAAGCAAGACAAGAUGACUCACCAUUGCACCAAGUUCUCCGGCCACUGGAAGAUCAUUGUCUUCGACGAGGAGUGCUUCCAGGGCCGCCGCCAUGAGUUCACCUCCGAGUGCUGCAACGUGAUGGAGUUUGGCUUCGAGACAGUGCGCUCCCUCCGCGUGGAGAGCGGCGCCUGGGUGGGCUAUGAGCACGCCUCCUACCAGGGACAGCAGUUUGUCCUGGAGAGGGGAGAGUACCCCCAGUGUGAUGCUUUCGGUGGCAGCAAUGCCUAUCACAUUGAGCGACUGACCUCCUUCAGACCCAUUGCCUGUGCCAACCACAGAGAGUGUCGCAUGACAAUCUACGAGCGUGAGAACUUCCUGGGCCGCAAGGGCGAGCUGAGCGACGAUUAUCCCUCCCUCCAGGCCAUGGGCUGGUGCAACAAUGAAGUUGGCUCUCUCAGGAUCCAGUCUGGAGCAUUUGUGUGCUACCAGUACCCUGGUUAUCGUGGAUACCAGUAUAUCAUGGAAUGUGAUCGUCACUGUGGGGAGUACAAGCACUUCAGGGAGUUUGGCUCCCACUGCCAGACCCCUCAGAUCCAGUCCAUCCGCCGUAUUCAGCAGUAACAACUUACUCCAAACCCACCCCCCCACCCCUUUUUUCCCAUGUGACCCUUCACCCUUGACCCCUGCUGCUUCCCAGUGCUGAAUAAACUGUCUUUCUUAAACGAUACUGACUCCCACCAAUGUAUCUGCUUACCGUCUGAGAAUGAUAUGAGUCACUUCAUUGAUCAAUCAUUAGACUGAAAAUUCAUGUAUUGCAGUUUGAUGACCACGAAAACAAAAGGGCCACGAACAUCAUCUGGCUCCAGUGUCACAAAUGUAAAUAAAAAACAAAACAAAAUCAGUAAAUUACUCAAUGCGGAAGAUAA